CCGCCCGCAGGGAAGACGCAGCAGGGCCUGAAGGAGCAGUACAGGCUGGGUUCGCUGCUGGGGCGCGGCGGCUUCGGCAGCGUCUUCGCGGCCACGCGGCUCUCGGACGGCGCCCCGGUGGCCAUCAAAAGGGUGCCACGCAACCGCGUCCUGCACUGGGGCGAGCUGCCCGACGGCACCAGCGCACCCCUGGAGAUCGUGCUGCUGGCCAAGGUGUCCACUGGCUUCCCUGGUGUGGUCCAGCUGCUGGAGUGGCUUGAGCUCCCCAAGGACAUCUUGAUGGUGCUGGAGCGGCCAAAGCGGUGUCAGGACCUGCAUCGUUUCAUUCGGGCACGGCGGUUCCUGCCCGAGGAGGAGGCGCGGGAGCUGUUCCGCCAGGUGCUGGAGGCCGUGCGGCACUGCACCAGCUGUGGGGUCCUGCACCGCGACAUCAAACCAGGGAACAUCCUGGUUGACCUGGACACUGGGCAGGCCAAAGUAAUUGACUUUGGCUGUGGCACCUACCUGCAAGACACAGCCUACACUCACUUUGCAGGAACACGGUCAUACAGCCCCCCGGAAUGGACCCACUUUGGCCGGUACUAUGGCAAGCCAGCUACCAUCUGGUCCCUGGGCAUCCUGCUGCACCAGAUGGUCUGCGGGGAGCACCCUUUCAGGAGGGGCCAGAACAUCAGCUGGGACCAUCAGCUCUCGCUGCCACAACGGCUCUCUCAAGGUGGAUCCUCAUCUCUGGGCUUGUGGGGAAUUCCAGUGCUGGGAGACAGCAGCGGGCUUGUGGGCAUCCUGCACUGGCAGCUGCUGAGGAGGUGGCACAUGUCCUGCUCUCCUCCAAAACAGGGAGUUGAUGGGAAAGUUCAGGCCGAGCUUUGAGCACAUCCAGCAUGGCCUGGGCAUGGGAAUGGUGGGGCAAAGCCAAUAGGAGCCUUCUCCAACUAACUGGUGG